AUGGCUGUCGACAUCGCUGAUGACCGUGGUCUUCGUCUCCCAAACCCUCCACCAUUGCUACAUAUGCGCUCCGGCAAUGAGACAUUCGAUCGCCCCUCCACCCCGGCCCAUGGAUUCACCAGUCCCCCACAGACACCCCACGGUAGUCCCAGCAAAUCCAGGCCACCCCCGGGCGCCUUGGAUCUACCCAAUGUUUUCGAUAAUGCUAUGAAGCUUACACCCACAUCUCCAUCCAAAUCCACCCAUAAUCACUUCAAUCAUCCCAUGUUCACGGCCGACAGGGGCAACAUCGACGAUUUUAAUGAGAGCGUUAUCCACCAGCGCCCAACCAGCCCAACGCGCAAGUCAAACAAGGAAAACACUCCCCCAAACAGCACCCGUAUCCCCAAGGAUCUGGGUCCGAAGCCCACCGCCGCCGCUAUCUCGCGUCAUGAAACAUAUCAACCCCGCGAUGCGGACACCUCCAAGCGUCAGGUACAGCUCCGCGGCCUGACACCGGAGGAGAUGGAGAAACUCCAACAACCCCGUGUUAAGCGCCUCACAAAUGUUACUCAACUCUACUUCCUCGACCACUAUUUCGAUCUCCUUAGCUACGUUCACAACCGCCAAACACGCCACUCACAAUUCAAGGCCGCAUACCCCGAGCCCCCCGUAACACCCGAUGAAGAAUACGAGCCCGCUCUCCUCAAAUAUCUCGGUCGUGAACGGGCGCACUUGCGCAAGCGUCGCACACGUUUACGCCAACAUGACUUCCAGAUCCUGACGCAGGUCGGCCAGGGUGGAUAUGGACAGGUGUACCUGGCUCAAAAGAAGGAUACUCGCGAGGUUUGCGCCUUGAAGGUGAUGAGCAAGAGACUACUUUUCAAGCUCGACGAAAUCCGACACAUUCUCACCGAGCGCGACAUUCUGACCGCCGCCAAGAGCGAAUGGCUAGUCCGAUUGUUGUAUGCCUUCCAGGAUGAUAGCCAGAUUUACUUGGCGAUGGAAUACGUCCCCGGUGGAGAUUUCCGCACCCUGCUGAACAACACCGGCGUCCUGCACAACCGCCAUGCCCGCUUCUACAUUGCCGAGAUGUUCAGCUGUGUCGACGCACUCCACAUCCUGGGCUACAUCCACCGCGAUCUCAAGCCCGAGAAUUUCCUCAUCGACUCAACCGGCCACGUCAAACUCACCGACUUCGGUCUCGCAGCCGGCAUGCUGAGUCCCGGCAAGAUCGAGUCCAUGCGCGUCAAGCUCGAGGAAGUAGGCAAUACGCCCGUCCCCUUCGGCCGCCCCAUGGAGCAACGCACAAUGGCCGAGCGAAGACAGGGCUACCGGACCCUGCGCGAGCGCGAAGUCAACUACGCCAAAUCCAUCGUCGGUUCACCCGAUUACAUGGCGCCCGAGGUCCUCAAGGGCGACGAGUACGAUUUCACCGUCGACUACUGGAGUCUGGGCUGUAUGCUUUUCGAGGCCUUGGCCGGGUACCCGCCUUUCGCGGGUGCGACGGUCGACGAGACGUGGCAGAAUCUGAAGCGUUGGCAGAAGGUGCUCCGGAAGCCGGUGUACGAGGAUCCGAAUUACUUCCUUUCGCGGCGGACGUGGGAUCUCAUUACGAAACUUGUUGCGGCGAAGGAGACGCGGUUUAAGAAUAUUACGGAGAUCCAUGCGCAUGAUUAUUUCGCCGAGGUCGAUUUCAAUCAUCUACGUGAACAGCGCGCGCCGUUUGUUCCGGAGCUGGAUUCGGAGACGGAUGCUGGUUACUUUGAUGAUUUCAGUAAUGAGUCCGAUAUGGCUAAGUACAAGGAGGUUCAUGAUAAACAGCGUGCAUUGGAGGACAUGGCCGACCGUGAUGAUAAGAUGGGCAAGGGAUUGUUUGUUGGGUUUACCUUCCGUCAUCGCAAACCUGCAGUCGAUAGCUCGGGCCGCAGCUCUCCCCGCAAACCGAUUGCGACAGACGGCAGCUUCGGAACAAUGUUCUGA